CAUCGCAGGGUAUUUUCUCCUAUCGUGGAAUCACCCUCCUGCUUCGUAUCGCCUUCUCGCAAACGCCCUCCUCGUCCUCCCAGCUUCCCUACUCCGAUUCCAAGGACCCUAACCCUAAUUCUCGAUCGAAGCUAAGGGAAGCGACGAGGGGGGAAUUCGGAAUCCAUGGCGGAAUUAUCGUCAUCCGGACGCUGAAUCUGUCCCCGAUCGGGCGGCGAUGAUGGAUCCGCCGCCGCCCGCGGAAGAGGAGAAGAAGGACCAACCACGGUCCCUGGCUAUCCCCCUCCCCUCUCCGUCCGCACCCCCGUCCCGGCGGGGCACUGCUGGCUCCGCCACCUCCUUCCGUAGCCUCCUCCCCAACGGCCCCCCCGCCGCCCCGGCCCCCUCCUCCUGGCUCGAGAUCCGCCUAUUCUACGUCCGGAUCACCCCCUGCGCCGCUGACGCCGUGCCCCCCCGCCUUACGCUCUCCCACCUCCGCCGCGAGAUGGGCGCCGCCCUCGAGAUCAACGGCGCCCGCGUCCCCAACUCGGAACCCACCCUCCUCCCCCUCCGCCGCGACCGCCUCGAUCGCGACGCCGCCGAGGUCACCUACGUCAGCACCGAGGGCGUCCGCCUCACCGGCGCCGUCGAUUUCGAGGUCUGCGAUGAUAGGGGCAAUUUGAUCCUCUGUGGCUCUUUUGAGAGGGUGGAGGCCCCCUGGAGCAAUGGGGUCAUCGGGUUCGACAAACAUUUGGGGUCCUCCGACAAGGAUCCGAAGACUGGGUGGGGCAUGGAUUGCUAUUCUGCGACAUCGAUUGCUUCGUCUGUGUUCGUGCAGCCAAAGCUUGGGAUCUCGUCCCCUUCGAUUGAGGUCUAUGUGGCUGGAUGUUAUGCGGGGGUUCCUUUAAUUCUUACGCAGACUGUUCAGCUCAGCCCAAGGCGGAAGGCCGCGAGGCCAGGAGUGCUGGAUGCGAUACCGGAGGAUGAAGAGGCCGCCGGGAGGGAGCAGGACAGCAGUGAAGGAUUGACUCAUCGCAGAUCAUCAUCAUCUGUUACAGAAGAGGUUGAUGAAUGUGAUCCAGAUAUGAAGGUUGGUCAUAGCUACUACCCUGAAGGUUGGUACUCAGAUGAUGAUGGCCAAUUAACAUGGUUCAAUGCCGGUGUUAGAGUCGGUGUUGGGAUAGGCUUGGGAAUGUGUGUUGGGAUAGGAAUUGGUGUGGGACUCCUCAUGCGUUCAUACCAGGCAACUACCAGAAACUUCAGGAGGCGGUUCUUCUAAGUUCAACCAGAGUGCCCGACUACACCUCGCGGCAAUACUCUUAGAAAAUUUUGACCACACCAGAAGCUCCUUUGGUGCCUCCUGUGCCGGCACACGAUUCGGCACCGACUGUGUAGUUCGUGGUUUGUUGAUUAGCUGGUUUUUCUGUAAAUGCUCAGCAGUAGAGCUGUUCUGUGUCUCUGCAAUGGAGAGCUGUUCUUUAUCUCAUUUGUGUAUGCUUGCACUUCGCUUCCUCGCAGACAGAAAAGUUGCCCGGCCAGACCAGCCAGGAAUGCACUUGAUGGGUUUUUAGUGCAGAAGGUUAUCUCUGUUUUCCACCUUUUGGCCCUAGUAAAUUUUUAAGAGUUGAAUUUAAUGAUUGGCGCGGUGUUUUAUUGACAUGUAUUGAUGUUUAGGGAUAAUCAGUGAAAAUUUUAUUAGCUAAGUUGUAUAGAGGACUACCAUAAAUAAUCUGUUUUGUUGAAUUUAUUUCGAGAUAUAUCUCCUUUUUCUUGAUUA